AGCAACCUGCUUGGGGGUGACGGACUUCGCUGCAGUGACACAUCGGCGGAAAGUUGGUAGAAAGAGCUGCUGGGCAAGAUGUCUGACGACGAGCAGCAAGAGCAGACGAUCGCCGAGGACUUGGUGGUUACCAAGUACAAGAUGGGGGGUGACAUCGCCAACCAGGCGUUGCGGGCUGUGGUGGAGGCGGCCAAGCCUGGCGUAUCAGUGCUGUCUCUGUGUGAGCAGGGAGACUCCCUCAUCAUGGCAGAGACUGGCAAGAUCUUCAAGAAGGAGAAAGAGAUGAAGAAAGGCAUUGCGUUCCCCACCAGCGUCUCAGUCAAUAAUUGUGUGUGCCACUUCUCUCCCCUGAAGAGCGACCCUGACUACACACUAAAAGAUGGAGACCUGGUCAAAAUUGAUCUCGGCGUUCAUGUUGACGGCUUUAUUGCCAAUGUGGCUCACAGCUUCGUUGUUGGAGCAACCAAGGAGAACCCCAUGACGGGCCGGAAAGCUGACGUCAUCAAGGCGGCUCACCUGUGCGUGGAGGCUGCCCUGCGGCUUGUCAAACCUGGCAACCAGAACACACAGGUAACGAAGGCUUGGAACACGAUUGCCCAGUCAUUCAAAUGCAUGCCCAUCGAGGGUAUGCUUUCUCAUCAGUUAAAGCAGCAUGUUAUUGAUGGAGAGAAGACCAUCAUUCAGAACCCUACAGAGCAGCAGAAAAAGGACCACGAGACAGCGGAAUUUGAGGUGCAUGAGGUGUAUGCAGUGGACGUGCUGAUCAGCACUGGAGAAGGGAAAGCAAGGGAUGCUGGCCAGAGGACCACUAUCUAUAAGCGGGACCCAAGCAAGCAGUACGGCCUGAAGAUGAAGACUUCCCGCAUCUUUUUCAGUGAAGUAGAGAGACGUUUUGACACCAUGCCUUUCACUCUAAGGGCCUUCGAGGAUGAGGGCAAGGCGCGUCUAGGUGUGGUGGAGUGCGCCAAGCAUGAGCUGCUGCAGCCCUUCAACGUGCUUCAUGAGAAGGAAGGGGAGUUUGUUGCCCAGUUCAAAUUUACAGUGCUGCUGAUGGCCAAUGGCCCCCUGCGGAUCACCAGCGGGCCUUUCAGUCCCGAGCUGUACAAGUCCGAACACGAGGUGCACGAUCCAGAGCUCAAGGCCCUGCUACAGAGCUCUGCCAGUCGCAAGACACAGAAGAAGAAGAAAAAGAAGGCUUCCAAGAAUGCGGAGAAUGCCACAGGCCAACCGGCGGAGGAGACUGAAGCUACCGAAUAGAUGCCCUGAGUGCACUUAAACACACACACACAUGCCCGCACGCACGCAUGCACACACACACAUCCCCUAAGAACAGAAACUUUAAAGAUUAAAUCCAGCCCCUCUGCAAAGCCUGUUUCCCAGUCCCCUUGUCCACCUUGCAUUCCAAAUUGAAACUGGACGCUAACUGGAAAGGGGUGUAAUUGGAACAUAUCUCAAUCCGUUUAUGUAGCUGACAGAAAUCUGUGACGCCUGGAUCUUUCAGCUAAUGUGAAUUUCUCUAAAUCUUCAGAUUUCUCAUUGUAAAUUUGAAUGAAAUUGAGAUGUGCCCACAGAUUGCACUUGAUUUUCCCCAUGUAAUGAAAGCAGUUGAUCAAAAUGGCAUCAACAUGGAAGUCCUUUGCAGUGGUAUGUGCCUGAUGAAACUUUACACCCUCAGAGAAUGAGAAAUUGGAACCCAAGACGUGCUUGCAACCUUUCAGAGAUUUUGUAUUGUACUUCACAUUGUGCAGUACAAUAUUGUGCAAUAAAAUUCAUAUUGAUUCAGUUGACCACAUAAUCCUGCAAAAUACUGAUUAUCCCUACAUAUCUGAAUAAUUAAUAACUAAGAAUUUAUUCUUCAAACUGGCAGUAGCCUGUUGGAACCAUUUUAAACUAAGGAAUGUAGUGUCUCUUAUCGGAAGCUCAGGUGAGGGUAGAGGUUCAGGGGUUUUAUCCAAAAGGUACUCGCAGAGGGUGAGCUUGAGGCAGUGUGCAGGUCAGACCCCUUUCCUGCCCCUGGAGGCAGAAUGUAGCCCUUGGCCACAUCCUCCCUGCAAGGGUGAGCCAGUGAACUACAGAGGGGUGUGUUUCACAAAUGCCAUCCCAGCCUGCCUCCGUCAAAGGCAGUCAUAUCUGUUUGACUUUACCUUCUAACAGUCUUGGGGAAAUGUUUCUUUUUAUGAAUCUAUCUGAAUUUGGAGAGCUCCAUGAAUGCAUUUUUGUAAAGGGAUACCUCACUGUUCUGGUGCAUCUCCCUCUGCAGUAUGAUUCUUAAUAGGAACCCGUUGGUUUGGGCAGUACUCGUCCUCUCUUUGUUUACUUACUGAAUUACACACACUUGCCCCCAUCUUAAACUUGGGCUCACUACAGAUUUCGAAAACUACUCCAAGUACUCCCUUGAGGAAGGAGACGGAUGGACUUUGUUGCAAUUUUUUGAAAUGUCAAACUUUUUUCAUUUCUGGUCAAAAACCCUGGUGGCAAGUCAGCAACCUGGCAACCAGGACGUGAAAGCAGCAGCAUGCUUGCAACCUGUAGCUGUUUAAGGUGCAAACUUGCAUUCGGGGCCAUGCUGUGAUUGGCAGAGGAAAAUUAAUUUGUUUCUCUGUACACAGAUAAAAACAAAGGUAAGGAGACACCAAAGAGUUGAAGGUUGAAGUGGUGUGUCUUCAUUUUGUAUCUAAGGGUGUCAUUAUUGGACUUUUGGCUUAUUCCAUCAGUACUUUAUUAAAUGGAGUAAAAACCUGUUUUGAAGAGCACUGGGCAUUGUGUUUGCACUCUGUUGUCUGACACAGACAUACCAAACCUGCUUUUACCCUGCACUUAAUGUCAAGAGAAAUCUGGCUUUUUUGAGAGUGAGAACUAAUGCUUCAGUCAGAGCACUGAUGAGCACCCCUCCAAAUACAAAAUGGAAUAAAAAAGUAGUAAAGCACACAAUUUGAAGACCCUUUAUGGUUUACAGAUUUUCUUUAUUGACUCCUGGACUUGCAUUCAGUGGGUAUCAAAGCUGCUGUUGUAAGCUCUAGAUUUUCCUUGUACUGUAACCUGUAAGGCAAAAGAUUAUUUAAUGUCCCUGUCAAAACAACAUUGACAUUUUUGUGAGGGGGGUUUUCCUAUCUUGCAGUAGCUUCUAGCCCAGACACAUUGUUUGGCAGAAUAUUUUUGGCUUGGAAAUUGUGCAGAGGUUGGAGGAGGAAAACAGU